UAUCAAACCAUGUCUAUAACUGACCUUGUAGCUUUGUGCACCACUUCGUCCGCUCCACUUGAACUCCAGUACUCCACCACUUCGUUCACUCCACUUGACCUCCAUUCCCAAAUGACAGGGGGAGAGGCGAUUCAUGCAGUGGGCUUCGUCAACUCUGUGCUACGCAAGGUGUUUGAUGUAAUCGCGAGAGACAGGACCAUGAAUAGCAAAGUCAAGAGAGGCCUAGGUGUCCUCAAGCGGGAGAUGAGUAUGGUGGCAUGCGAAAUCGAGAGCAACGAGGAGAAGAACCAAGGGGCGACACAUGAGAGCAAGAUUGUGCUUCUGAGGGACUUGGCUUGUGAGAUCGAGGACUUCAUAGACCUUACAUGGGUUCCAGGGAGAGGCUCUGGCUUUGUCCUCUCGGCGUUUGGGAUGGACCCCCGAACUGGAAUCCUUCAAAGCAUCGACCAUUUCAAGGACAGUAUCCAGGCUGUUCGGAAUUGGCAACCUGAUGCCGGAGGCAGCCAUGGCGGAGACGACGGUGCUGCGACGUGGUCCUGCUCUUCAGCUACACCUACUCAAUCCUAUAGUCAAGAGGCUGCGUUGAGGAGCAUCUGCAAACACAGAGAUGAACUUGGCAGGUUGCUGACAGAAGCCGGAGGGCAAGAGCUGAAGGUGAUCUCCAUCGUCGGUUGCCGUGGCGUGGGGAAGACUACUCUAGCAAGAGCAGUCUACGACCAUUGCCGUGCCUCCGGUGAAUUCAAUUGCGUUGCUUGGGUGGUGGCAACUGAGUGCCGGGAUCCGGAGGACCUUCUGACGAAGGUUCUCAAGGAGGCACAUAGUACGGCUGAGCCUACCACUAGAGCUGCAGAAGGGAGCGGUAUCUCCGAUUUUGAGCAAACAAGCCUUCAAUCUUUCUUGCGUGACAAAAGGUACUUUGUUGUUAUUGACGAUGUGGACAAUCCGGAAGUGUGGCACCAUAUAAAACAUGAAUUCCCUGAAGAAGGUCACAGUAGCAGAAUAAUUGUCACCACAAGUGUCCACUCCGUUGCGGCUCAAUGCAGCUGGGGCAGCUAUGUGUAUACAAUGCAAUGUUUGAGCAAUGAUGAGUCAGAAGAAGUAUUCUGGGAAACGGUUGGUCAAGAGAAUCGGUCACCUGUCCUACAGGAUGCUUCAGAAGGCAUCAUCAAGAAAUGUGGAGGUUUACCGCUGGCGCUGAUCAGCGUAGCUAACUAUUUACGUCAACGAGGACGAUCCGAGAGUCGCGUGGCAGGAGGACUCACAAAAGAGCACUGCAAAAGGGCUGCCCGCGCACUUGGAGACAAGAUACUAAAAGGUCAGGAUGCCGAGUUUUUGAAGAUUAAUACAGCUCUUCUCCAGUGCUACAACAACCUUCCCGACUACGUACAUCGGAGCUGCUUGCUUUAUGCCAGUGUAUUCUCCAGAGGCCGCCCUAUUAACAGCAAUGCUCUACUUAGAAGAUGGAUGACUGAAGAAUUAGCUGUUGCAAAUGACACCGUCACAGACGAAGAAGGUGCCAAGAGUUGUUUAGAGGUGCUCAUUGAGCGGUGUAUCAUUGAACCAGUAAAGAUCAACAAUGCAAGGGUAGCCAGGUGCAGAGUUCACAGUAUAAUGCUCGAGUUCAUCAUCCAUAAGGCUAUCUCAAAGAACUUUGUUGCUCUGGUUGACAAGGAUGAGCUCCUGUCCAGAAAGGGUGUCGGUGUCCGCCGACUCUUGGUUCAGGAUAGCAGUAAGGAAGGAGUCGAAGAUGCUGACAUAGACUUGUCUAUUAUGAGGUCACUAACAAUCUCCGGAAGCCCUCUCCUUGACCUCCAAGCCUGCAAGUUACUGCGUGUUCUCGAUCUGGAAGGUUGCAAGGGGUUCAAAAAUUCUGAUGUCCUCAGAGCCAUAUGCAAACAGCGGUUUCUCAAGUACCUCAGCCUCAGGGAGACUGAUGUUGUCCUCCUUCCCUCAGAAAUACAGUGCCUAGAGCAUUUGGAAACACUAGACAUUCGGGACACUCGGGUGGAAGUUCUGCCCAUUGAGGUCAUCAGGCUACCACUGUUGGCUCACCUGUUUGGCCGGUUUCGGCUAGCCCAUGGAAUCAAACAGGAAAUAUCACAGAAAAGUAGAUUGCAGACUCUGGCUGGAGUCGUCGUUACCGAGCCAGACAAAAGUUUUGAAAACAUUAUACUUCACGCCGGAAAACUGAGAAAGGUCAAGAUCUGCUCCAACAGCUCCCGCAAUAAAUGGAUGAAAAUGAACUCGUGUUGCAAUUCGCCCUUGUUGCGGCUUAAGGAGCGCUUCAGUGGCAGCAAAGCUCUCCAAGUUCUAUCAAUUGAUUCAAGUGAUUUCUGUACAGACUUCGUAAGCUUCUUAGGGGCUCCCUGUGCGAUCACAUCUAUCAAGCUACGGGGGCAACUGAAGAGUUUGCCUGAUACUCCUACCCUAAGGGAGCUGCUCGGUCUAAAUAAGCUGCUACUCAUCUCGACUGGUUUGCGCAUUGAAGAUUUAUCUGCACUGCAAAAUUUAUCUUGCUUGGAAUACCUCAAGCUAGCAGAAGAUCGCGAUGGGUUUUGGGGUGGAAGGUUCGUUGUGAAGAGUGGCGGAUUCCCAAGCCUGAGGAGACUGUGCUUCGAGGCCCCAAAGCUUCCAGAAGUCCGAUUCGAAGAAGGAUCUAUGAAGUCUCUCACCAUUCUUGACCUACUCUGUCCAUAUCCUGAUAUUCCAGAGCCCUGUUUGUCUAUGUACUUCGUUAGUUUUUAUCAGGUACAUCCCAUUGCCAACGGAAGCAGCAGGCUUGGCGUCGCAGGCGUACAGUAUCUUGACAAUCUCAACGAGGUGAUCCUCCACCACUCUACGAGGGAACCAAAAGUUCAAGCUUGGAAAGAGGAAGCGAUUAGGCACAAAAACAAGCCAUCUGUGAAGAGGCAGCAACAACCAAUCAUCCAUGCGGCAUAAACGUGAAUGGUUCUGUCUCCUGUAAUAGAAGUGUUUUAUUAAUAUGCUUGUUUUAUUCACUGUUCAACAUUUUUGUUCAAAGUCACCUGUAAUAAUUGAUAGAGGUAACUGCCUACCUACUGCGCCCUAAGUGGCACCGUACCGACCAGCACAGUGUGGUUUGGUCCUGUUGUACUUGUAUUGAUCGAUUGUGAUUUACUAUUUUGAGAAUUUUA